GCCGUAAAACCUCACAGAAGAAGAAGUAGUACGUUUCAAGCGCAACAUCUCGAGUAAACGCUGUAGUAGCUUUUUUAGCGCUAAAAGGAAAGUUUGGAUGACACUUCCUAACGUCUUUUGGGAUUCUAAUUCAACGUACACUGUCCGAAUUACUGCGAGUGCUGAAAUUUAAACCACAAAAUAAUGAGAUUGUUGUGAAGCCUGUGCUCACUCGGACAUACAGCGACGCCCCUUUCUCUUAGCAUAGAUAGCUAACACUAAUCAACAUUCAGUGGCGUGUUAACGUUGGUAGUUUGUUAGCUUGUAGAUUUUCAAAAGACGAGGGGCCAGGAUGCAAGAGGAUCAUUUGUGAGGAACGACCCCCCAUCCACGUGCCAUGUCUCUGGUUUUCCCACGAUCAAACACCAACGCAGUCCACGGCAAGAAGGAUAAGAGACUGAUGGCGGAAGUGAAUGCAUCGCCACUCAAGCAUUUUGUCACAGCAAAGAAGAAGAUCAAUGGGAUCUUUGAACAGUUGGGGGCCUACAUCAAGGAGAGCACUUCUUUUCUCGAAGAUACUUACAAAAAUGAUGAGCUGGACCCGGUCACCACAGAGGAGCAGGUCCAGGAGGUCCGGGGUUACCUAACCAAGGUGGCAGGAAUUGGAGAAGUACUUGCCCGCAGGCAUAUGAAGGUGGUCUUCUUUGGGAGGACGAGUAAUGGGAAGAGCUCAGUGAUCAAUGCUAUGCUGUGUGACAAGGUGCUGCCAUCUGGAAUAGGGCACACCACCAACUGCUUCCUAAGAGUGGAAGGCACUGAUGGCAAUGAGGCCUUCCUCCUCACUGAAGGCUCCGAGGAGAGGAAGAGCAUAAAGACAGUAAACCAGCUGGCCCAUGCUCUCCACCAGGAUCAAGACCUGGACGCUGGUAGUUUGGUCUGUGUCAUGUGGCCGAAAGCCAAGUGUGCUCUGCUCAGGGAUGAUCUGGUGUUAGUGGACAGCCCAGGCAUCGAUGUCACCACAGAACUGGACAGCUGGAUCGACAAGUUCUGCCUGGAUGCUGAUGUCUUUGUUCUGGUCGCAAACUCCGAGUCCACACUGAUGCAGACGGAAAAGUCCUUCUUUCACAAGGUCAAUGAGCGGCUCUCCAGUCCCAACAUUUUCAUCCUCAACAACCGCUGGGACGCCUCAGCCUCAGAACCUGAAUACAUGGAGGAGGUCCGCAGGCAGCAUAUGGACCGAUGCACCAAUUUCCUGGUGGACGAGCUGGGCGUGGUAGACCGGGCCCAGGCCAGUGACCGCAUCUUCUUCGUCUCUGCCAAGGAAGCACUCCAGGCUCGUGUGCAGAAAGCUCAAGGAAUGCCUGAAGCAGGUGGAGCUCUUGCAGAGGGUUUUCAAGCCAGAAUGUUUGAGUUCCAAAACUUUGAGAGGCGAUUCGAGGAGUGUAUCUCACAGUCAGCGGUGAAGACCAAGUUUGAGCAGCAUACAGUGAGGGCCAAACAGAUCUCUGAAGCCCUGCGCCACAUUAUGGAUUCUGUCCACAUCGCUGCACAAGAGCAGAGGGUCUACUGCCUUGAGACCAAAGAGGACCGUCAGGACCGAUUGGAGUUCAUAGACAAGCAGUUGGACCUGUUGACAAUAGACUGUAAGGCCAAGAUCAAGAAGAUUACUGAGGAGGUGGAGAGACAGGUGUCUAAUGCCAUGGCAGAGGAGAUCAGGAAGCUCCAUGUGCUGGUGGAUGACUUCCACAUGGAUUUCCACCCAUCACCAGUGGUUCUCAAGGUCUACAAGAAUGGUCUCCACCGGCACAUAGAGGAGGGUCUGGGAAAGAACAUGUCAGAGAGAUGCUCCACCUCCAUCACCAGUGCCCUGCAGGCCACGCAAACUGACAUGAUAGAGGGUCUCAAGCCUCUGCUGCCCAGUCCGGUCAGAGAGCAGGUGGACAAGCUGGUACCUCGUCAGUGCUUCAGCCUCAGUUAUGACCUGGCCUGUGACAAGCUUUGCAGUGACUUUCAGGAGGACAUCAGCUUCCACUUCUCUCUGGGCUGGACCAUGCUAGUCAACCGCUUUCUGGGGCCCAAGAACACCCGGCGAGCCCUCAUGGGUUAUAAUGACCAGGUCCCUCGUCCCAUGGCCCUCACUCCAGUUAGCACCAGCAUGCCUCCAUUCCCGCAAAGUUCCAUGACCCAGGAGGAGCUGAUGGUGUCCAUGGUGACUGGUCUUGCCUCACUUACCUCCCGUACUUCCAUGGGUGUCCUUGUGGUUGGCGGCGUGAUCUGGAAGGCAGUGGGUUGGCGUCUGAUUGCCUUAUCAUUUGGCCUCUACGGGCUCCUCUAUGUCUACGAGCGGCUCACCUGGACCACAAAGGCCAAGGAGAGAGCCUUCAAGAGACAGUUUGUGGACUACGCCAGCGAGAAGCUGCAGCUCAUUGUCAGCUACACUGGAUCUAACUGCAGCCACCAAGUCCAGCAGGAGUUGGCCGGUGUGUUUGCUCAGCUCUGCCAGCAGGUAGACGUCACCCGGCAGAACCUCGAGGAAGAGAUCACGGACAUGAACAGCAAGAUUGAGCUGCUGGAUGGCCUGCAGAGCAAGGCUAAGCUGCUGCGGAACAAGGCGGGCUGGCUGGACAGCGAGCUCAACAUGUUCACUCAGCAGUACCUUCAUCACAGCAAGUAAAGCAGACAGCGCAUCCAUCUGAGAGACUGAACAACAACAGAAGAACAUUUGGUACAACAACGUUUUCAGCAGAAGAGCAGAAAUAGAAGGGAUAGUUUGGCUGAGUCUUGUAUGAGUGGCAGGAGUUACUGGGUGGUUGUGAUGUGAAGACAUGAACAUCAGCUCAUGGUGGGAGUCCUGUGAUCAGCUGGUGACUCAUCAUACUGAAAUAAAAUGUAGAAAAACAGGAUAAACUAUUAAAAAGAAGCCACAACAUGAAAGCAGUUUAAAUCCCAUCAAAGCUGAUCAUCCCUGUGUACAUUACCUGAAGCUCAUUCCUAUGUAUUUAGCACUUACAUGUUCAGUUGUGGUGAUAGGCAAAUGAGCUUGAACCUGAGGUCACCAGAUGGCUGAUUGAUCUGACUCCAGGACAGAAGUACAGUCUGAGCUCUCCUUGCAUCCUUAUUAGAGCUGUUGACUGACCUGUGCCAGCUUCUGUCAGAAACGUCACACUGUCCUUUAAAUUAGAUUGAACUUCACUCUGCCACAUUGAACCUGUCUAGAUUUGAUUUUGUAUAUACAUUUUGAGCAAAGAAAGUGCCAUGCUGAAGUAAAAGGCAGUCCACGAGAGGGAAUGGAUGAAAGUGUCUUUUGUUAGUAGGAUAAUGCAAUGAACUGAAGAUAUUCAAAGUAAUUUAUUCCUUCAACUGUUGUAGAGCAUUUGCAAAAAGUAGCCUUCUGUCUGACAGUGAUGCAGAGAAUGAAGCUUAGUCAAACUGCAGAGCAGAAAAUAUAAGAUUGAAGUUUUGUGUGUCAAUGCACAUUUAGUGCAAUGCCAAACAAUGUUAGUCCACCUCUCUCUUUAAAGACAUACAUCUUUAAACACAUCUCACAGAUAUAUAGUUUCAUGAUUUAAAAAGGUUCAGUGAUUUCCUAACAACUGCUCAUUGUAACUGUCAUCAAACAUUACUCCAACAGGAGGAAAUAGUGAAUUUGUUGGGGGAUAUGUUCAACAGCAGCAGGGGCAAAGAGGAAUAAGCUGUAUCAGGCUAUGAUAUACACACUAUACAUGUUAGGAGAUACGGUCAGUGUUUGUGUUUUAGCCAACUCUAAUGGAUUCUUAUCAGAAAUGUUCAUGUUAUAUGUUCACAGAAAACAUAGACGGUCCUAGCUGAUGUAUCAUUAUCAGAUUUCUGCAAGUCUCGUGUAUCGAUAUCAGUAUGAGCCUAUAAAGUCCACUGUUGGUUGGACCCUGCUCUGAAACCUUACAGUUGAUGAGUGGAGUUCGGAGGGAAUAUGGUACAUCUAAAACAAAAUCGGGGUGUGCGACUUUAUUUUCACCUUUCUUUCAUAAAGUCUGCAUCCAUUGUUUUCUCACAACAAGUUAAGUUGUCUCAGACCUCAGGACCUUUGUCAUGUUGUGUUCCAUACAUAUCUAAUGAACCUCCUUCCCCAAAACCAAAUUUGUGUAUUUAAUGUGAUAUGUGAUAUUUGCACUGUCAGUGGCUGCCUUAGUGUCUGGUAUAUCUUUGUGCAUUUAACAUUUUUGUUUUGCACUGAAUGCAUAGUAUGUGGGCCAGGCUCCGUUCCUGAAACACUGUGCCCUCUGCCUCUGUCAAUAUUGCUUAUGGUUUGACUUCAAAAAGAGGAGUGUAUGGUGAUGGUCCGUGGAAGGGUGGCCAAAUCCAGCAGCAGCUGUACUUUUCAUUUCUAAAAUGUGUAUAUAAUGUACUUUAAUAAUUGGCUUUUCAACUGCAAAGAAUGGGGGAUGUUGAAAGAGAUAAAACCCAAUCAGAUUGGAUGUUCUCAAACAUGUCCAGUAUGUGAAAGUCUUGGUUGACUGGGCCAUGUUGUAAAUUAAAGCCAUACACUGUGUGUUGCCAAGUGAGCAGGAAGGCUGCCGCCGUCAACACUUCCUUCAGAGUGAAGACAUGCACUUUAUCAGUUUGCUGCCCCCCCCCCUUAGAUAAAGGGUUAUUUCCCCCUAAAUAUAAACCAUAAAGUAGCGGUGGUGGGCUUCAGGAAAGUGGAAGUAGCUGCAUGCAGUGGCUGUGGUAGUGUGUUGUCCUGUUAAAAUGUUCAACAAAUGUAUGUA